AUGACUGAUUUCGAAGACGCUACGCCUGAUGUGGUGAUUGGAGGCGACAUUGUGGCCGAGAGCCAGUAUUACGAGGAGGAGGACGAGGACGACAACAUUGUUGAGGAGACUUCCGAGGUCAAGAAGACCGUCAAGUUUGCCGAUGAUGGCCUCACAGAUGAGGAGCGACGAAAGAAGGAGUUUGAGGAGGGAGGAGGGCUCCCCGAGCAGCCUAGCGACCCCGAUUUCACCAACAUGACCGGUGUUUCGCCCGAGAUUAUUGGCCGACAGGCCACCAUCAACAUUGGUACUAUUGGUCAUGUUGCUCACGGAAAGUCCACUGUGGUCAAGGCCAUCUCUGGAGUGCAGACUGUGCGAUUCAAGAACGAGCUGGAGCGAAACAUUACCAUCCGACUGGGAUACGCCAACGCCAAGAUCUACCGAUGCGAAAACAAGGACUGCAAGCGACCCGGCAACUACAGAUCGUUCCGAUCGGACCGAGAAAUCCACCCCAAGUGUGAGCAGCCCGGCUGUGACGGCCGAAUGGAGCUGUUGCGACACGUGUCUUUUGUUGACUGUCCCGGUCACGACAUUCUUAUGUCCACCAUGUUGUCCGGUGCUGCCGUCAUGGACGCCGCCCUUCUGCUGGUUGCCGGAAACGAGCCCUGUCCCCAGCCCCAGACCUCUGAGCAUCUGGCCGCCAUCGAGAUCAUGAAGCUGCGACACGUUAUUAUUCUGCAGAACAAGGUCGACCUGAUGCGAGAGGAUGCUGCUUUGGAGCACGAGCGAUCCAUCUCGCGGUUCGUCAAGGGAACCGCCGCCGCAGACGCUCCCAUCGUCCCCAUUUCCGCUCAGCUCAAGUACAACAUUGAUGCCGUUAACGAGUUCAUUGUCAACCGGGUUCCCGUUCCCGUGCGAGACUUUGCUGCCUCUCCCCGUCUCAUUGUCAUUCGAUCUUUCGACGUUAACCGGCCCGGAGCCGAGAUCGACGAGCUCAAGGGAGGUGUUGCUGGAGGAUCCAUUCUCAACGGUGUCCUGCGACUCGGAGACGAGAUUGAGAUUCGACCUGGUAUUGUCGAGAAGCAAAACAACGGCCAGUUCAAGUGCAAGGUCAUCCGAUCCCGAGUCCAGACCCUGUUUGCCGAGAACAAUGACCUCAAGUUCGCCGUGCCCGGUGGCCUUAUCGGUGUCGGAACUCAGGUCGACCCCACCCUCUGCCGAGCCGAUCGACUGGUCGGUCACGUUCUGGGACACAAAAACGCUCUUCCCGAGAUCUACAUCGAGCUGGAAAUCAACUACUUCCUGCUGCGACGACUUCUGGGUGUCAAGACCGAGGACAAGAAGCUCACCAAGGUCGGAAAGCUGGCGCGAGGCGAGGUUCUCAUGGUCAACAUUGGUUCCACCACUACUGGAGCCCGUGUCAUGAACGUCAAGGCCGAUAUGGCCAAGCUGGUGCUCACCACCCCCGCAUGCACUGAGCUCGGCGAAAAGAUUGCUCUGUCCCGACGAGUCGAGAAGCACUGGCGACUUAUCGGAUGGGGUUCCAUCAAGGAGGGUUCCACCAUUCCCCCCAGCGAGUUUUAA